AUGCCGGCAGCUGCUAAACUAGAUGGCAAAUUUGGUGAUGAAUAUAUUAGAAAUUUCAACGAGACUCUCGUGGGUGAUCAAUUCGCUAAAAUAGACGUUUUUUUGAGUAAUGAGGAGUUGAUCUACAAACUGGUAGAUUUGGCCCUGGUCCGACGUGAAAGUUUGCCGGAGGCGCUAGACGCCUUAGUUUCAUUGUUCAAUAUCCAUUUGGAGUUGCAGGGUGAGUUUUGGGAGGUCUACAUGCGAGCUACAGAGUCCAUAGUCGCCAAUUUCAGAAUCGAUGAGAGCGAGAAUGACGAGGUAUUGUACAAAAAGCUGGCUUUGAUCAACACCUGUCUGCAGCGCGACGAAACGAAUGAGUAUGUGAAACAGGUUCUGAAGGGUGCGUCGCUGGCAGGCGCUCCGGAGCGUCUGUUGGCGCAACAGAUCCAGAAGCUUUUGUCGAGGAAUGGGUCCGUUAUCACGCGCGAAAUCAUCGCAGGCCUGCUCAGAUUGUACUUGCGAGCUGCGGUUGAUGUGCUUCAGGAGCAGAAACCUGUUGUCGAGGCGCUGCUCCUGUACCUUUUCCGCAAGUACAGCGACCAGCUCGAGUUCAAGUAUGUCGUAAAAGUGGCUCGCAAGGGCAUUCACGCACCAGUUUACAACCCGUUGAGUAACAAGGGCAUCGAAAAUUGCUCUGCAUUGCCUUUCAUGACUGCACCACGAGCCGUCAUCAUUUAUGAUCAACUCGACAAGGAGCUUUUUUCGCUCGGGGUUCACGUUUACCUAAGGAUAUUUGAAAACGUAACCACACCGGAACUCAGGGAUGAAAAUUUGUGGAAAUCGGGUCAAUUUGUGCUUUUCGUCACGAGUUUCCUAAAGUCGGACGAUAUAGGCUUGAAGGCCCCCGCGCUUAGGUUCUUCACCUAUCCUUACUUCACAUCGCCGAACAACACUCUGCCGCGACAAUCUUUGCGCCUCAUAAUACCUGCACUCGUUCAGACUUUCAACUAUUACAAUCUUCCUUGUUCGUUUGACCCUUUCGAGAUUUUGACUGGCUUGAUCAACAUUUACAACGAAACGGAACCAUUGAACAACCCCAUUACCGAUUUCUUAUACAGAACCGAUUUGGUGAAUGGAAUCGUUUACAUGUUGUCAAAGUGUCUUUCUCUCGAUCAGCAAAAUCAGAGCUCGAUCACUGUGCUGGCUAAGUUUAUUAGGCUCUGUGCAUGCUUGACUAGCUUUGACGAAAAAUGCCGGACACUACUUUUGGAAGAUAAAAAUAUCUUACUACAUGCUGAGCGUGGUCUCGAAUCGCAUCUUAUUUUACUCAGGGCGUUUGUGUCAUACAAGGGGGACCUGAACGAGCCGCUUUCAGAGUCCGAUCUACCGCCAUUGCACGAUAGUGAGCUAACUCUGUCAUGGUUGCUGCUACUUAAAUCAUUUUCGCGGAGUAUAACGGCGUUACGGACUUCGCUCAAAAGAGACAAAUUAGCUGAACUGUUACUUGAUAUAGUCAGAGUCGUCUACGACCUCAUCAAGCACGUAGAUUUCAAGGGUUUGUCGCUUAUUCGCGCCGAGGUGGGCAUAAUGGGUGCAGCUCUGGGGAUAUUGUCGAAUUUCGUUGUCGAAUUUUCCAACUUACAGUCCUAUAUCAUCACAAAUGGAAUCAUCGACGCGAUUGGAGAUGUUUUGAGUGAGCCCCUAUUUAAUAACAAGAUACCCUGGACACCCGAUGCGCGCGAGGCAUUGUUGGAAGAUGUCCCCUCGUCGGAAAUCAAAACCAACGCCCUGUGGGUUCUGCGACAUCUCAUGUACAACUCGCAGGACAAGGACAAACUAGAACUCCUCGGUAAGAUCCCACUGUCUGUCAUUCUGCAUUUUGUCAACGACAGCAAUUGGCUGGUCCAAGAGCAAUGUUUCCAACUCCUAAGGAAUUUGACUUGCAAUUCUAAAAAAAUCGUUAAUCUCUUGCUAGGCAGCUUUGACGAUUCGGCGCCUUCCACUUCGUGCUUGGAAGCUUCGCCCUCCAACAUCCGCUCAACGUAUCUGUUCGAUUUCUUGGUCCACAAAGCGCGGAUGCUGGACUAUCGUGAUGUACAUCAACGCAAAACUCUGGAGGGCGUUCUAUACAUUGUGGUCAACAUCAGUGCAAUAAAUGAAAACAAGAGGCAAUUGAUCAUCGAACAGGACGAUCUUUUGCAUAUUGUUCAAGAAAUCUUGAGCAAAGAGCCUGAAAGUGAAGACGGAGAUGCUACGUUUGCUGACCUGCAAAUCGCCUGCCUGUGGAUAGUGACGAACCUGAUUUGGAACUCGACCUUCUCGGCGUACUCGCAGCGGUCUCCGAUUGACUAUGGUUCUACACGUCACAAUGCUGGGGCGUUGACAGUAGAAGGCGCUCCCGCCGGUGAACAACCUGAUAAAGCGGACUAUCAGACGGGCGAUGACAUAGCGGACGACGAUGCCAGCGAUGACGCAGACAAAAACGAAAUUGUUACCAAUCAGUCUGUGGGAGACGGCGGUGACGCCGAUGAGUUUGUCCGCCCGUACAGAAUGGCUCCAUCGCCUAAAGUCAAAAACGCCGGUCUAGAACGAUGUUUGAAACUGGUCAAUCUAGGAAUCUAUGACUUGCUGAAGUUUAAAUCAUUCGACAAGAAUUUAACAGUGCGCGAGAAAGCGCGAACCGUUGUACUACACAUGGACCAAUUACGCGAGGGCAUGUAA